AUGCCACCUAAAGCCGCAAAGGGCGAAUACAUCGAGACCGUAUGUCUAAAUGACACUCACCCAUUCCAUUGGCAAUUCCUCCCCAUAAACAUGAACUCCAACACAUCUAUCUCAUCCCAUCUCAUCUCACCAAAAAAAAAAAAAACAAAACAGGACACAGGAAACAAAAUAUCCCGCCGGUCCCAAAUCCACGGAACCCAGCAUAUCAUCCUCGGCGGAAAGACCGUGAUCCAAGCGGAGGCCGUCAUCCGCGGAGACCUCUACCGCUCCUCUACCUCCUCCUCAUCAUCCUCAGCAGAGCACCACGGCCACGGCAGUCACGGCCAUCACCACUCCUCCUCAACCUCGGCUCCAGCCUCUACACCCUCCGUUGCUAUCACGAUCGGCCGAUAUAGCUAUAUCUCGCGCCAGGCUGUGUUACGACCGCCCUCGCGUCUACACAGAGGCGUACAUUCCUUCUACCCGCUCAAGAUCGGCGACCAUGUGUUUGUGGGCGAGCGCGCGGUCGUGGAGGCCGCGACCGUCGGGAAUCAUGUGCAUAUCGGGCGGGAGGUUGUCAUAGGGAGCAUGGCAAUUUUGAAGGACUUUGCGUAUGUGCUUGACGGGGCGGUCGUGCCGGCGGGUAUGGUUGUGCCGAGUUGGUGUGUUGUUGGGGGCGCGCCGGCGAGGAUUGUUGGCGAGGUCGGGGAGGGGUAUGGAGUUGAGGGGGCGGAGGGGGGGAUGGCGAGGGAGAGGUAUAGGGUUGUUGGGAGGUGA